GGUUCAAAGAUGGCGUCAGCUGUGCCUGUCGUUGCUGUGAGGGGGUCUACAGGCAUUAGCGUAAAUCAGGGACCUCCUAGCUACGAGCUGGUCUCUGCAUUCAAACGAGAUGACAGCAAAAACUGCCGAUGUAUGCUGUUUAGCCCACACGGAGAAUACUUUGCCUGGGCCAACGGUAUCAAUAUUAACAUUGUGGCCACCAAGACCUGGACCCCCUUGGCCUCCAUCCCCUCGCCCAAGACUUACUGCAUCCAGUUCUCUCCCCGUGGCACCUACCUCAUGACCUGGCAACCUUUUAUUGUGUCAAAUGCUAACCCCCAAGGUGGACCAAACAUGUUUAUAUACAAAUCAGACACUGGCGACUUGGUGGCAUCGUUUGUUCAUAAAAAACAGACUGACUGGGAGCCGCAGUGGAGUGCUGACGAGUCGUUGUGUCUACACACAGUGAACCACGAGGUGGUGUGUUACGCAGCCACACAGCUAGACAAGCCAGCCCACAGACUGACAGGACAGAAGGUGGUCAGUGUGAGCCUGUCUUCUGGCAACCCUCCCUUCCAUCUGCUCUGUUAUGUACCAGGGAAACCUGGUCAACCGUCUUUCAUUAAAUUGUACCAAUACCCCAAGUUCGACACACCUGUUGCCAGCAAAACGUUUUUCCAGUCAGACAAGGUAGAGAUGUGGUGGAACAAGAAGGGUACAGGAGCUCUGGUGAUGGCCAGCAUGGAGGUGGACAAGACAGGCUCCUCGUACUACGGCAAACAAUCGCUGCACUUUGUGUCAGUUAAAGGAGACACGGCUAUGGUUCUGCUCGGCAAGGAAGGUCCCAUAUACGCAGUGUCAUGGAGUCCGCUAGGAACAGAGUUCUGCGUGGUGUACGGGUUCAUGCCUGCGAAAGCAACAUUGUACAACCUCAAGUGUGAAGCUGUCUUCAACCUGGGCUCUGGAUCUCGCAACAGCAUCUACUACAACCCCCAUGGCAACAUUCUCCUACUGGGAGGGUUUGGCAACCUCAGUGGCCAGAUAGAGGUGUGGGACACAACCAGUAGAAAACUCAUCAGCAAACUGGAGUCUCCCGACACCACGUUAUUACACUGGUCACCAGAUGGAGAACACUUCAUGACUGCCACAACAGCACCAAGACUGAGGAUGGGAAAUGGUUUCAAGAUCUGGCACUACUCGGGUGCCUUGCUGUACGAGAGGCCGUGGAACAAGCAGGAGGAGCUGUGGGAAGUGUUGUGGCAGAACUUUCCUACAGGAGUGUUCCGUACUCCCGCCAUCACUAGUAAACCUGUGGAGGGCAUCCAGCCUAGCCAGCCGACAGCAUCAAAACAAGCCUACAGACCACCGUCUGCGAGAGGGAAGGAAAUCAAUUUCAAGCUUCACGACGAUGAGGAUGUGCCAACACUGGUUAGCGAGACUGCAUCAAACCCAAGCAAAGCAGCGUUGAAGCUGAAGAAGAAGCGAGAGGCGAAGAAGGCAGCGAGACAGCAAGCGGCAGAGCUGGGAGAGGUGACCAACAACAGCAAUGGUGUCCCUCCGAUACACAAACCUUCCAUACUGUCUGAGGAGGUGCAUACUGACGACCCGGAGAAACUCAAGAAGAUCAAGAAACUCAAGAGUAAACUACUGGAAAUAUCAAGGCUGAAAGAACAGAAAGCGAAUGGCAAAGCUUUAGAAAUCAACCAAGUAGAGAAGUUGAAGAAGGAAGAUCAGCUUAUAAAAGAGCUGCAAGAACUAUGUUUGUGAUAACAUGCAAGGAGUUCACUUGACCUGAUGAUAAAGAGUGAACUUUCAAAGAAACACGCUACAAGUUCAAGCCAGGCAUAAAGACGAGAAGGAAAUGCGGCACAACCAACAUAAUAAAUCAUCUUAAUGUACAGUCAAUAAAUUGGGUGCAAUCAUUGAAGGCUAAUAGUUUGAUUAUCAAUUGCUGUGAUUGGAAACGUCUUGGUUUAUUUUCCUUUCUUCUGUAAAUAAAAAACUGUGUUUUCUUUUAAUAGGCCUCAAGGUAUAUCAAAGUCAAAUCAAUGGUGUUUAAAAUUGUGAUCUGACGAGAAAAAUAUUUUUGGAAUAUUGUUUUCUUGUACUGACUUUAUUAAAAGGCAAUUAUCACUUUGAACUAAUGAUUUUAGUUGAUCUAAUUUUAUAUUUAGGGUGACUAAUUGACUACAGUUCUUAAAAUAUUUUCUGCAUUUAUAUGAAAACUCAGGGAGAUAAUAAACUUUUGGCUAUAUCUAAUACUCUACAAAGAAACUGCUGAUUUUAUCAUUAUAAUUGUGAUGAUUUUAUUCAUCUUAUUAAACAUAGGCCUACAGUAAAUGUAUGGUCAUCUCAUUGAAUUGAGUUUUCCAUUUCAGAUAAUAUCAGUUGAUAUCAAUUAUUCAGUAAAUCAACACGUACAAAUGACUAUUUUUGUCUUAUUUUUAACAGAACUACAUUUUAAACUUCAAUUUUUUAGCUUACAAUAAGCUGAAACACUAAGCAUAAAUAUUAUAUUCAGCAUAUUCAAGAUUUUACGACUUGCAAAAUGUUUCAAUAAUUUAAUAGGGAACAUUCUUAAUAUACUGUGUAAUAUGAUAACACUUUGUGUAAAAACAAUAAUUUUGAAGGAUAAAAAAUUGUUGGAUGUAUAUUUUUCUAUGUACUCAAAAUGAACGACAUGUUAUUAUAAGAAUGCUUAUGACUCAAAGAGUUUUAGUCCUGUUAUAUUUGAACAAAACUAGAGUAGAGAAUCAUGAUUUGUUAUACAAUUAUCGCUUGAUUUUGAUAUAACGUUCUUAUAUUUUUGCAAGAAAUGUAUGUGUACAUAAUAUUAAAUAAGCCGAAUAUCUGUCAACAAACGUAUGAAUAUAUAGUUUACAUUGUGUAUGCUGUAAUUGUUUUUGUAUAUAUUUAUUGAAACAUCUGAAACAUUGAUGUUCUUUGUUAUUUUGUGUAGUUGCUCAUGUUUGAUAGGUUAUUGGUGUAUUUUAUAAGGAACUAUCCUAGUAGUGUUAUUGGAAAUUUUGAGUUGAAUUGUUAUUUGUUAUAAGUUUUGAUCUGAGAAAAAGUUAUACUAUAAAUACUUCAGUGUCUAUAACUACUAUACCCAUAAAGUAGAAUAAGACAAAGAAAACAAUAAAAAAUAAAUAAUAAAACAAUAUUGUACAAAAAGCACUAAGAAUAUGACACAGAAAUAAGUAAUCAAGGAAUAGUCUUUU